AUGGCCACGGAGACUAGUGGAUCUGUUCAUCCGGCAACCAACUACGGGCAACUCCAUGGUCAGUGGACUUCAGAGACAAUGCAGAGUCGACCCUCUAAUGCACUGAUACAGAGACUCGUGAAUAUAACAGACUGUGAGCCAUGUCGUUCAUUUUACCAAGACUCAAACCUCCAAAAUUCAGUGACAACCAACAUGAGGCACAUAAAGUUGCGAUGGGCG